CGUGUUGCCGGGCCAUGUCGGAAGCCAAAGUCAGGUCGCCCGAAAAGUCGCCCGAAAAGUCGCGCCUUCAUGCGCCGCCGGGUUUCCGUUCCAAAGGAUUCGCCAUCACCGACCUGCUGGGUUUGGAGUCGGCGCCGGCGGGCGGGGGCGAGCCUCAAGGUGGCGCCGGUGGCGCGCUGGGUCAGGCCCUGGGGGGCGGCGGCUUCUCGUUCCCGGGCGCUUCGCUGCCGCUGGGUCUGGGCUUCCUGUGCAGUCUGGCCGCCCAGCAGCCCGCCGGAGGGACGCCCUGUUUCCUGCCGGGUCACCUGCCGCUCCUGCAGAGACCCGACGCCCACUUCCUGCAUGGCGCCGACCCCCACAGGGACGCAUUUUCCGAUGAGGAGGUUCUGUCCGACCACAACGAGUCCAAAAGUUGCUCGUCUUCUCAGAAGAGGAAGAAGCGGCGACACAGGACCGUUUUCACGUCCCAUCAGCUGGAGGAACUGGAGAAAGCUUUCCAUGAAGCGCACUAUCCCGACGUCUACGCGCGAGAGAUGCUAGCCGUCAAGACCGAGCUGCCCGAGGACCGCAUACAGGUUUGGUUCCAGAACCGUCGCGCCAAGUGGCGCAAGCGCGAAAAGUGCUGGGGCCGCAGCAGUGUGAUGGCGGAGUACGGCCUGUACGGGGCCAUGGUGCGCCACUCCAUCCCGCUGCCCGAGUCCAUCCUCAACUCCGCCAAGAACGGCAUGAUGGGAUCCUGCGCCCCCUGGCUGCUCGGUGAGCCGCAUGCACGAAUGCACAAAAAGUCUCUGGAAAUGUCCAAGAAGACGCCAGCGUGUCGGCCAGACCCUUUAGAGCCAAAGCGUUCUCCUGAGGCCUACUGCCACGCCCCCGACGCUGGGGAGGAGGAGCCCGAGGGGCGCCGAGGCGAAGACGAGGAGGGAGACGAGGAGGAAGAAGCCAUGGAUUUGUCCAGUUCAUCCAAACAGCAACAGGACGAUGGCGAGCGGCCGUGCUGAGGGGAUGUCGCGUCCUCUGUCACCGUGACGAUGGGAAGCGGCGCCACGGACGGAUGUAGCGGCCCGCCUACACCAUUCCCCUUCAAGGCGGUAGCCGUGGCGAUGGGCCGCCCGGGCGGGACCACCUUUUCGACAAAAGACUACACAACUAUUAGCCUGCUAAAUGCUAAGUUAGCAGAAACAUGCGAAAUCUGUCUCAAAACAUUUCUGAUUGUGUUUAUUGUCGACAAAGACUGCACAACCUUUGCACUUGCCGGUUACCGUGCUACAUGCUAAAUGCUAAGUUAGCACAAACCUGUCAAAUCUGUCCAAAAAUAUUUUACUGACGAUUUAAUCAAUUUUGUUAUUGUUGUGAUUUUCCGACAAAGACGACACGACCUCUUAGCUUGCUAAUUGCUAAAUGUUAAGGUAGCACAAAUCUGUCCAAAAACAUUUUGCUGUCAAGAUUCAAAGAAUUUUAUUGUUGUUGCGUUUAUCGACAAAGACAACACGAGCUGUUAGUAUCCUAAUUGCUAGAUGCUAAAUUAGCACAAAUCCAUCCACAAACAUUUAACAUUCAGGAUUUACUGAAUUUUGUUGUUGUGUUUUUCCGACAAAGACGACACAACGUUUUAGCAUACUUAUUGCUAAAAGCUAAGUUAGCACAAAUCUGUCCAAAACAUUUUGCUAUCAAGAUUUAAGGAAUUUUGUUGUAUUUGUGUUUGUCAACAAAGACAAUACAAACUGUUAGCAUGCUAAUUGCUAGAUGCUAGGUUGGCACAACUCUGUCCAAAAACAUUUUGUUUUCAAGAUUUGAUGAAUUUUGUUGUUGCCGCGUUUCAUGACAAUGACAACACGACCUGUUGGCAUGCUAAUUGCUAGAUGCUAAGUUAGGACAAAUGUGUUCAAAAACAUCUUCCUGUCAAGGUUGAAUGAAUUUUUUUUGUUUUUGCGUUUUUCGCCACACAAUACAAGCUGUUAGCAUGCUAAUUGCUAGAUGCUGAAUGAGCAAAAAUCUGUCCCAAAAAAUUUUACCGGCCAGAUUUGAUGAAUUUUGUUGUUGUCACGUUUGAGGACUGAGACAGCAUGAGCUGUUAGCAUGCUAAUUGCUACCCUCUAAGUUAGGUAAUUGCUAAGUUAGCACAAAUCUGUCCACAAACAUUUUGCGCUAAAGAUUUAUUGAAUUUAGUUGUUUUUGCGUUUGUCGACAAAGACAAUACAAAAUGUUAGCAUACUCAUUGCUAGAUGCUAAGUUAGCACAAAUAUGUCCAAAAACAUUUUGUUGUCCAGAUUUGAUGAAUUAUAUUGUUGUUGGAUUUGUCGACAAAGCUGUUAGCAUGCUAACUGGUACAUGCUAUGUUAGCACAAAACUGUCCACAAACAUUUUGCUGUCAAGAUUAUGAAUUUUGUUGUUGCAUUUGUCGACAAUGACAGCAUCAGCUGGUAUCAUGCUAAUUGCUCGAUGCUAAGUUGGCACAAAUCUUUCCAAAAACAUUUUGCUGUCAAGAUUUAAUCAAUUUUGUAGUAUUUGUCGACAAAGCCUAGACAACCUUGGCACUUUUGUGUUAGCGUGCUAAUACCUAAUGCUGAAUUAGCACAAUCAUAUAAAAUCCAUCCCCAAACAUUUUACCGUCAAAAAUUUGAUGAAUUUUGUUUUUGUUAUGUUUGUCAACAACGGCUGCACGACCUUUGUGUGUUAGCAUGCUAAUUGCUAAAGGCGAAGUUAGCACAAACGUGUGAAGAUUUGAUUAUGGUUGCUUACCAGCAAUUUACUGUGAAUGACGGACUGCUCGUGUUUGUAUUUAUUGAUUUUAUUGUCAAUAUUUUUUUUUUUUACACGUCUUGUUUGUGUUUUGUCUGUUGUCAAAAUAUAUUUAAUAUGGAACUUUUUAUGAUUGGAACAGCGUCUGCUGCACAAUAAAAAAUAUUUUUGGAA